CUCGGCAAUGGUUCAUGCGGCACGGACCUGUGUGCAAACCAAAUCAGUGACGUUUACUGCUUUCCUUUUGUGUGGAUAAACGGCAACCCACAAAAGCUGGAGCGCAGAGAUUAUCCUGAAGAGGCUAGGUCUAACGCUGUGUGUACUUAAACACAGCAUGGAUAUUCAUUGCCUGUGUCUUUCAGAUUCAUUUAACAGUUGCCAAAUCAUCUUCCAUAAAACGCUUCUCAGAGAUGUUAUCCCCAAACAACAAUGUUAAGGUUCAGGAGAUAAAGCAGAUACUCAUCAUCUGAACAAAAAGUGGUCCGUGAACGAAAGGGCUCUGUAGACAAAGGUACUGUAGAUGCCCUUGCUUCUGUACUGCUUUAAACACAGAGCAUCAGUGGUGCCAUGUACUGCAGCUUUGGUGAGGGGUGGGCGAAUCAAGCAUACGUUUACUGCUUACAAGGCUCUUUGAGCAGGACUUGCAAGGGUAAUCGUCAAACGUUUGUUGCAACUGUGGGUUUUAGAGAAAUCUCUAAUAGCCCUUUAGCUAGGGAAAGAGCUUUUGCCUUUGAAAUGUGACACGGAACUGUUCCAGCAUAUGAGAAUGAAGUCAUAACCUUAUUCAGGAAUAGUGCCUUCUAACUCCUGCUGUACUGUGCAUCGUCUGGAUGGGUGAAGACUUCAACUCGCAGUGCUUUCAGAUAAGCAAUCGACUUCUAUACCUCUAUAAAUAUACAGGGAUGAAACCUGUCAUUACAUACGUCUAGGUAAAUAUGUAAUUCUGUACUAAGUUACACGGGCUUUGCUGGCCAUGUUAUUUAACUUGUGUUUUCUCAUACCACUGGUAAGAGAUGGAGAUGACUUUCCUCCUUUCAAGCAUGAGGAGCGGCUGAGGUCCCUGGGUUUGUCCAGCCCGGAGCAGAGCAGGCUGAGGGGAGGCCUCAUGGCGGCCUGCAGCUCCCUCAUGAGGGGAGCAGAGCACAGAGAGGGCAGGCGCUGAGCUCUGCUCUCUGGGGACAGCGACAGGACCCGAGGGAACGGCAUGGAGCUGGGACAGGGGAGGGUCAGGCUGGGCGUUAGGGAAAGGUUCUGCACCCAGGGGGUGGUCGGGCACUGAGACAGGCUCCCCAGGGAAGUAGGCACAGCACUGAGCCUGCUGAAGUUAAAGGAACAUUUGGACAAUGCUCAGAAAUAUUGUCUGAUUUUUUUCAAGUGGUCCUGUGUGGAGCCAGGGGUUGGACUCGAUGAUCCUUGUGGGUCCCUUCCAACUCAGGAUAUUCUGAUUCUAAAAACUAACUUCCCCCUUUGCUACUUUCAUUGGGAAAUGCUCUCAGAGUUACUUUUCAACUUCCCUUUGAAAUGUGUUGGGAUAAAGGAGGGCUUGCUCACUGCUCUCAUGAGGAAAACAGUUGCUUAUUCUUGUUCUUCCCUGUUCUUCUGGCUUCGCCUUCCUUAGGAGAGUAACGUCUGCGGUCGUGCUAUCUACCCUGCUUUUUGGCAAUCAACAGCGCAUCUCACAAAAUUCCAGUUCUUACAGAGAUACUGUGUGAUCUGGAUGAAUGAUCCCAAACCUCUGCGGUGCAUCCUGCCAUGUCCAGCAGUGGAUGAGAGCUUCGGGGGCUGCAGCGCCCGCGACAGCCCCCGGCUGGGCACAGAGGCUGCUGGCGCACCGGAGACCGCAGAAAGCCUUCUUCGAGACGCUGAUCAGGAGCCUGAUCAUCCUGUGCGUGGCCAUCGCCGUCGUCCUCUCGUCCAUCUCCGUCUGCGAUGGCCGCUGGCUGCUGGCGAGGGGCGAGCUCUUCGGGCUGUGGCACUUCUGCACCGUCAGCAACGGCAGCGUCCUGAAGUGCAGCACCGACCUGGGCCUGGCCAACGUGGAGGGGCUGAGCGUGGGCAUGAUUCCCAUCAGGAGCAUGGUGUCCUUUGCCGUCGUGGUCGCUAUCUUUGGCCUGGAGCUGCUGAUGGUCUCCCAGGUCUGCGAAGACGCCAACUCGAGACGCAAGUGGUCGAUGGGCUCGGUCCUCAUCCUUGGCUCGUUUUUGCUGUCGGCUGCUGGGGUUCUGAGCUUCUCCAUCCUCAUGAAGGAUCACCUCACCUUCAUGGGCUUCACGCUGACAUACUGGUGCGAGUUCAUCGCAGCCUUUCUCUUCUUCCUCAACGGGAUCAGUGGACUGCACAUCAACAGCAUAACGCACCCCAGGAACAGCGUAGGAAAAAUCUAGGUGCCGAGGGUGUACUCUGCCUUUGUGUAAUCAGCUUUGCCAAUUAGACUGGAAAAAAAAGGGAGUCUAAUGAAGUUUGAAAAGGACACCAUGCCUUAAAUCGCGUGCAAGGAGGGAAGCGUGAGUCAGGCAGGCAAUUGCAGAAGACAUGCCCACUGGUCAGCGCGGAGUCUGGGACUGGCUACUGCUGGCACGCAGCUUCCUGGAGGAAUGGAUGAAGAAGGAGGCUUCCUGCUGAGCUUGUGGAGGAGGAGCAGGCUGCAGCCUACACAAGUGGGCUCAGCUUUUGAGGCUUACACAAAGCCUGUACUGGUGUGGGUUUGGUGCUCCUGGGCUUUCCCCUGCGCUCUGGAGCCCGUGAAGAGUGUGACGCACCUCCAGAGCAUCUCACGGCUUUGUACUGUCUCAGGGAUGGAUGACUUGUGCCUGGCCAUGCUUACUGAAAACCUUCUCUGGGCCUCGCUCUCCUCCUUUCCCCUUUCAAAAGAGAAGGCACGCAGGCAAACCGAUCACUUAUGUUGUGUCCUACAGCUGCAAUCCCUGUCCCAGCCUCUGUAGGUCUGUCUGUAGCUCCUCUGAGCAGAGGGACAGGGCAAUGUGGCUGUCCCGGGGCCCGAGGGCAGGCUCGGGGCGAUGCAGGAGUUCCGGGAAGGCUGCACCGCCUGCCUCGGGCAGCAGCACGUUCCUGCACUCACAGCCUCUCCCCUGCUGCUCGUCAGUGCCCAUACAGCACCUUGGUCAAUGCCAAGUGCCCCUCGCCCAUGCUGGCUCCCUCACAGCCCUUGCAUAGUUUGCUGUGAUGGGGUUUCCUUUUCCUGGUUUCUUUUCCGUCUGUCUGGGGAUGGAAGGAGAGGGACAAGCUUUGGGUGGGCAUUGUGGCUGGGCAGACCAUGCUUACUCCUACAUCUCGGCACACCUGGGGUGUUUUGGUCAGGAAGGCUUCCCUCCGAGGCAGUGGGAAAUGCACUCAUCCUCUAGCUGAGAGUUUCCUUUAAUAUUCCUCCUAAGCAGAGAAAACCCCAAGUCACACCAAGUCCCUUUCUUCCCUUGAUUAACAGUGGAUCUAGGAGGAGAAGCCUGUGAUCACUUAAGGAGCAGCUGGUGGGGGCAGCUCUGAUCUGUCACAGCUGGAGGAACUCCAAAGAGACUUGACUGAAAUAUCAUUAAGGCUGGCCACCCCUUGCCAUUGGUUAGUUAAGAUCUCUAAAACUGUUGCAGCUUUUGAAGUUCCUCGUGGUGUCUGAUGUAAAAGGAGAGAAGACCAAGAGGUUGUUUGUCCUGAAUGUGUCCUCCCUGUGCAAUGUACAACACUGACUGUGAGAUAAAUGUGUUCUGAGUAUUUCAGGGUCUUUGGUUUAGUCUUUUUUUUUGUAUCUGCUGUUAAGACUGCUUGUAUUUUGUUCUAGUACAGGUGUUUCUACAUGUUUCAUCCCUGUAGUUUGUUUGGUAGCUGUAGAGCAAGAUUUUCCUUUCCUGUGCAGCAAGUUUGAUACAAUUUUUCACCCAAGACAAAAGCAUCACAGCAUGAAGGCCAGGUAGGCAAGCCACGAGUAGGCAAGCCAGAUUCAUGUUUGAAUGCUGUUUGUAAGGCAAGAGUUGUAGGAGCAUACAUCUGCACUUACUGAACGCACUCGGGUGGACUUCCUUCAUGAGAACAGUCCCUGUGCCUUCUUGGGUGGCCAUAAACUUUUAAGGUAACAUUCCUCAGUCUCCUGCAAUGCAGUUUCAGACCAGGCUUGCUCUGGACGAUGCCACUUGCACAUCUUCUGGUGAGACAAGUGCUGUUGGCUUUGACUGCUCCACUUACCCCAGAGAGAGACUGCAAGGUGCAGUCCCGGAUGGCUGCACCCUGGCGUUACCAGGUGGUUGGGUGCCCCAAGUAACUACCGAUCAGUCCUGGUGUGCAGGGAUGCCUGUGUUGGGCAGGGCAAUUUCUCCUUUUUCUAGGAACCUGGGGGUAUCUUCACAGAGUGCCUUCCUGGUGGCAUCCAAACAGAACUAAACUGCUUGCGGGAUGCUGCCUGCAGCCCCUGCUCCCUUGGGAGGAGGGCAGGCACAGACAGCGUGUCCCCAGCCGGUGCCUCUGACUCCACUCAGAAGGAGGCAGAUGACAAUUGGCCUUUGAGUUCACACAGGGCUCGGUGCAGUUGAGGGUGAUUUCAAGACGCCCUCUGCUAACUGGAGAAGAGGCCUUUUGUUGGGGGUAGGGAGUCCUCCAGGGAAAAUACAGUAACUUUUUUUUAUUUUUCCAGCUAGCUUUGUAUAGUACUGCUUGACUUACUAGUGCUGGGUGAAAAUGCGUUUUGGUGGCUAAAUGCUACAAAACAGGGUUGAUUGUCUCGGAGACGUCCUCAUAUACAGCAUCCUGCGCUGCAGUUGGCAACUGUUCAUUUUCUGAAGCCUCUGGAAAUGUCAAGCAAGCAAUAUUACUGAAUUUUGUUAAAUAAAUU